AUGCAUCAAAUAGAUGAUCCUUUUUAUGCUAAUAUUCUAAAAAAUGCUACCUUUCUUGUAACAAGGAAUGAUCUUUAUGUUCAAAUUAAUUUUGAAGCAACAAGAGAAUAUGCUUAUUAUAAUAAUCAACCACUUAUUUAUUCUUGUACACAAGAUUCUUACAAUCAUAACAUUCUUACUGAAAAUAAUUCUCUUAGAUUUCUAGCAACAUCUGACACAAAAGAUAAUGCAGUCUGUGGCAUUCUGCCCUUAUUCAUAAAUAUGAAAGUUGUUAUAACUAUAAAUAUUUGUGCAAAUGAUAAUCUUGCAAAUGCAAUAAUUGAUCUAACUGGCAGUAAUACAAGUAAUGGUCUAUACAUGAUGCUUUCUCUAGUGCAAAGAUUGAACGAUUUACUAAUUCUACAACCAUUUGAUGAAUCUAUAUUGAAUAUGAGAAUAUCACCUGCACUUUAUGCUGAAUUUGAUAGACUCGAUGAAUGUGCACAGAGAACUGCCCAAUUAAAAGAAUGA